UAGCUUUUUGCAUGAAGGGCCUCUAAAUGCUCGGAACAGUAAGGAAAAAUUUACCAGUGAUAGGAGUCCACAACUGGCUUGGAAAAACUGAUAAAAUCAUCUGAAAUAUGAAGAAUUAUAACCUUGAUCAAAUCAUAAUUCUCCUGAUUAUUAUAACCUCCUAAACAAAUUUCUGGUAUUUAUGUUCGACUACUUUUGCUAAAACUGGAAGAUCAGAAGUUUGUAGAAAUGGCUGAUGAGGAAACGGCUGAUAAGGAUUCAAACUCGCAUAGAUCAGAUCUCAAAUCGAAAAUGACAGACCAGGAAGAAGAAAAAGGAUCUUUCUCAAACGAAAUCGAGAUAAAGGCAGAGUUACUAGAUGAUAAAUUGAUAGAAAACCCGAUAGGAAAGGAAAAGAAAAAUAGAACAAACUCUCCUGUACCGGAGCAACUUCAAAGCACGUGUAGACCUCGUUCAAGGGAUCCUCGCAGAUGUCAAAAACAUUUUCGCGAAAUUAUCGGUAAGCAUGAAACAAAGAACGAGGAACUGGAAAAGAAAGAAGGAGAUCUUCGGCAACGUUUGGAGAUGCUGGAGUGUUCAAUGCCUGCCGUGAUGGUUUGGAAUAUUUGGCGAAUGUCACAGGGAGCACCCAUUCCAAACAUCCGUCGAGUGGUGGAAAAAACGCUUCAGGGAUUUUCUUCAGAUGCCCAGCCCUGUCCAAGUACUCCCAGUCAGCAUUAUGACUGCAGAGUUCGAGAAGUCGAAGCUGAGCGAAAACAAGCCCAACGCAGAGCUGAUGAAGCUCGGGCUCUCUGGACAGCGAAGGAGUUUGCCUUGGAAGAACAGAAGAAAAAACUCGAAGAGGCUAGGAAAACUCAAGCUUUGCACAAACAAAGAAUUGAGAAACUCACGGUCCAAGUUCAAGAACUGAGGAAAGCAAGAGAUGAGAACGCCAGAGAUGAGGAGAAAGUUAGGGAUGAAGGUUCCUGCCAGACGGGUGAAUGUGGAGAAAAAAGAUGCAAGCAAAUGUGUCUUGGCGAUGUAGCCAGUACAACUUCGGUGAAAUCAACUGACUUGGAGUGCUUGGCUAGACUUCAAGAACUUGCGGAAGCAGAACUUUGCAUGAAGCGACAUAUAACCGAACUGGAACGUCGAGAGGAGACGUAUAUGAGGACACUUCAACAGGCGGACGAAUUAUGGUCAAAGAUGGAGGGUGAUACAGCGAGUACGAUGAGUAGCUUGCAGGAACAGCUAGAUCUAAAAACAGCUGCUAAUCAACAAUUGGCAGAUAAGGUUUGCUCCUUGGAAGAUGCUAUAGAAAAAAUGAAUAAGACACUAGCUAAUUGUAGAAACGAAUUAGGGCAAUUUGUGAACAUUGAACGUGUAGAUGCAAUAAUUGGCAGGGAUGAUGACCAUGCAGGAGUCGUGGACAAAAACACUUUCGCUGGGGUACAAAUGAAAGAUCAAGAAACAAUGUCCAAACAAAUUUCAAUGGUAGAUACGGACACUAUGGAUGAAAAGAGAGAAUUGAUGGAUAGAGACACAAUAACUGAUGGAGUGCCUUGUACAGACAGCCAAAUUUGUGGGGAGUUUGAUUACGAUUCAGAUUCAGAAGGUGAACCAUGUAGUCCGGAUUUUGCAUGCAAUGAUGUAGUGUUUUCACUUGAUGGUAUGGAAGAUACAAAAGAAAUGAUAAAUAAAGACACAAUCACUGAUGCAAUUAUUGGUAGUGAUGCUAUUAUUGGCAGUGAUUAUGACCAUGCUGAAGUCACGGACAAAGAUACUCUUGCAGGAGUAAAAAUGAAAGAUAAGGAUACAAUGCCUAAAGAAGUUACAAUGGUCGAUACGGACACCAUGGAUGAAAAGAAUAAAAUGAUAGAUAAAGACACUAUCACUGAUGGGGUGCCCUGUGUAGACAGUGUAAUUUGUGGAGAAUUUGAUUACGAUUCAGACAUAGAUGGUGAACCAUGUGGUCCGGAUUCUGCAUACAACGAUGCAGUAUUUACACCUAAUGGUAGAAAGGAAACAGAGAAAGAAGAGGACAUUACAACACCAAAGAUAAUGACAACGCCUAAUGCAGAAGAAACUAAGAAUGAGCAGGAAGGAGAAUUAAAAGUAAAAGACGAAACAAUUUCUGCACGCAAGGUAGAUUUAGGACAAGAAUCAGACGAAGAAUACCAAAUGGCUAUCGAGAAUUUAUCAGAUGAUAAGAUUCUGUUAAAUGAAAUGGAAGUAUCAGAGAAAGUGCAAGUACUCCUAGUGGGUACUCCUUCCGUAAUUGGAAAACUUUCGUCAAAUAUAGUUCGAGACGGCGAAGCGGUUGAAGGAGUUGAUGAAAAAGAGAUUACAGAAAUUGAUGUUGCCAUGCAAGACCAAGUGGAACAGAAGCAGGAAAACUUGUCCCAUUUUUUACGUCAACAAGCUUUCCUUGUAAAAGAUCAAGAAAUAGUAGAGAUACAAAAAGAUAUUGUAUCAGAAGGAAGAGAAAGUACAAAAGAUGGAAAAUUUUCUCAAAUUGAGGAAGAUAAAAAACACGAAGGUCUAGAAAAAGAAAGUAUAUUACAAGUUACAAAAUCAGAAAGGAGAGUUACAGGUGAUGAUAAAAUGACGGUACAGAAAGAUUCUAGAGAAGACAAAUUGUCAGGAGGUCAAGAAAUAGGAGGAGUAAUAGGAGAACAGAAAUCAAAAGAAAUUGGGGCUGAUGAACAAGGCUCAAAAUCAGAGGGAGAAAUAGGAAUGAUUGAAGGUAAAGAAACUUUAAGAGAAGGUAGAGAAACUUCAAUAGAAGGUAUACAAAUAGGAGCGGUAAUGGAAGAAAAAAAAGCAAGAGAAAUUAGGUAUGGUCAACAAGUACGAGCAGAGGAAAGAAAAGAAAUCACUGAUGAAAGAAAAGAAAUGUUAUCAGAAGGUAAACAAAUGGAAGCAGUAGUGAGGGAAAAAAAAGAAAAAGAAAUUAAGGAUGAUGAACAAGAAUACAAUUCAGAGGGAAAAGAAGAAAUCACUGUCGAAGGAAGGGAUAUUUUAUCAGAGGGUGAAGAAAUAGUAGCAGCAAUAGAGAAAGAGAAAUCAACAGAAAUUAGGGAUGAUGGACAAGUACAAAAAGAUGAGGCAAAAAAUGGAACCAUUGAUGUAAUCUUUAAGAAGGAAGAUAGAGAAAAAACGUUUGUUCCUGAUAAAAAGGAUAAGCUCUGUGGUGAAGCGAUAAUCCCUGCAGAGAAAAAGCAAGCAGAAAAGGAUAAAGAAAGAGGGAUUACAAGUGAAAAAUUGGAACCUGAGAUAAAUCCCGUUUUUUCGAUUUCCGGAAACGAAGAUAAAGAAAUGUUACCUGCAGAUGAAUUGAAUGUACAUCUAACAAUUUUAGCAGAAGAUUUACAAAUUUCAUCUAUAGAAAACCUAAGGGAAGGGAAGGCAAUUAAAAAAGGUAUAGGAACGUUAACUGCAAAAAAUUUGAAUAAAGCAACUUCAGAAGAUGAACAAAUCUCCUCCAUCGAAGAGUUAGAAGAAGAAAUUGAAGAAACAGUAGAAGCUGAAUUGGAUGAAGAAAUAAGACCAAAUCUUCCUCAAGUUAAAAAAGUUGGUAAAACAACUCCUAAAUAUUCAGCUCUUAUUUUGGGUAGGAAAAAAAUUCCUGACAUUCCAGUAGAGGGAAAAAAAGAAUCUGAGAAGUAUUCCCCCUGUCAAUGUGAUCCUGAGAUGGUACCCCAGAAAAAACCAAAACCAGUUUCAAAGGAUAGAGCAGAAAUUGUGGGCAAACAUGUAUGUUGUUGCAGAAAUAAGGAUGUCUCUAGAAAAGAAACUAGGUCUCGUCCCAAGCUCAUUAUAAUAAGAAAAACAAUUUGUAGUCGUCCUGAUGAAAUCAAUUUGCAUCUCCAAAGAGACGAAACAAUUAGCAAAAUUAAAAAAAGAAAACUUUCCUACAUUAAAGUAAAAGAUGAAUCAAUAGGAACGGUUGUAAGCGUUGGCUUGCAGACACAAAAAACGGUUUAUAAAGAACAAUCUACUUCAAGAAGAAGCUUUAUUGAAACUAAAAGUAGAAAAUAUAAAGAGGCACAAACUGUAGGGUCAGAUUCUACUGUGAAUUCAUCAUGCAUCAUUAGUGAUGAGUCAGCUCAGCAGGUAAAAAUACUGAAAAAAUAUAAAAGAACAACAGAUUCCGAAUCCAGAUGUUUCAUGUGCAAAAAGGAACUUUCUUCGAAAAAUACUGUCUACCUAAAUAAAAAUGUCCAAGCUGCUUCUUCCUCAAAAACGACUCCUCCACAUUCAGAACUUAGUAUGGUAUGCUGUAGUUGCCAAGAAGAACAACAAUCAAAAUCAAUAAUUCAAUCCGAAAUAAAAUCCCGAGCUAAGGAAAAGUCAAAGGAAUAUCCAUGUCCUCGAUCACCAGCAGUUGUUGAACAAGCAAAUAUUAGUUCUCAUAUUAGUCUUCUGAAAAAAGUGUCACAUGGGAAGAAAGAUCAAAGUUGUCUCGUAAAAAUUGUCCGAAGCAAAGUAGAGUAUAGAGAGAGAAAGCAGAAGUGUGAAUCAGAACCGAAUGUGAAGAACAGGAAAAAGUUGCUGGGAAAAGUUUCGAAACCUGAAUCAGAUGAUUUAGGUUUUUCGCAAACACAAUCUUUGCAAACAGAAACGAGUAAAUUGCUUGAUGAACCUUCUACAAGUUGUACUUGUAUAACUGAAAAAACGAACUCUGUGAAUGGGAACAAUUCAAUUAAUGGAGAGAAGCAGUUUAAAGGGGAAGUAAAUCUCAGCUGUCACUGUGAUUCGGAUUGAGAGAAGAGUGUAAAAAUCACUUAAGAAGGGAUUUGCAAAUAUAGUUUUAUUUUUAAAGAUUUGAUCACAAUAUAAGUAUUGUUUGGUUAACUGUACCAAACAAUAGAUAAAAUUAUUAAAUGUCUUAAACGAAAUUUCAUUUCCUUUAUGGCCACACGAUGUUAUUUAGGAAACCUUAGGUGAUGUAUUAUUGACACCAUUGGGAUUUUCUUAACCACCUCUAAAAAGUUUUUAUUUGUUGCGAAAACGUUUCUGGAAUUUGGAAAAAAUGGUAACUCCUUUACUUUGGAAUCGAUCCAUUCAGGGUGGCCGUUUUAAUCGAAGAAAAAAUUUUCGGUUUGCAAACAUUUGUCAUGGUCAACGAAUAUAAGAAAAUCGAACCAU